AUGGCAGGUGGUGGCUUACAUGUAGAUGGAGUGCGUCACUAUGAAGGGAAUGUCACAACAUUUGUACUGAUUACAUGUUUUGUGGCUGCAAUGGGAGGUCUUCUCUUUGGAUAUGAUCUUGGUAUUACGGGAGGAGUGACUUCCAUGGAACCAUUUUUGAUCAAGUUCUUCCCUGGUGUGCACAAACAAAUGAAAGAUAAAUCAGAAAGCAAGAAUCAAUAUUACAAAUUUGACAACGAACUUCUUACAUUAUUCACCUCUUCCUUAUACCUUGCAGCACUAGUAGCUUCUUUUUUUGCUUCUACUACAACUAGAAUGUUAGGGCGUAAAGCCUCUAUGCUUAUUGGUGGCUUAUUUUUUCUUGUUGGUUCACUACUGAAUGGGUUUGCCAUGAACAUUGCGAUGCUUAUCAUUGGUCGUAUGUUUUUAGGAAUUGGAGUGGGAUUUUGUAAUCAGUCUGUACCAGUGUAUUUGUCUGAAGUGGCUCCAGCAAAAAUUAGAGGAGCACUCAAUAUUGGCUUCCAAAUGAUGAUCACAAUUGGUAUCCUAGUUGCAAACCUAAUCAACUAUGGUACAUCCAAGCAUGAAAAUGGAUGGAGGAUUUCUCUAGGCAUUGCAGCUGUGCCAGCAAUUUUGUUAUGUAUAGGAUCUCUCUGUGUAGUUGAAACACCUAAUUCUUUGAUUGAAAGAGGAAAAUAUGAAAAAGCUAAGAAAAUGUUGCAGAAGAUUCGUGGCACUGACAAAAUUGAUGAGGAAUAUCAAGAUCUCAUUGAUGCUAGUGAAAUGGCAAAAAAUGUAGAACAUCCAUGGAAGAACAUUACAAGACCAAAAUACAGGCCUCAACUAACUUUCUGCAUUUUUAUUCCAGCCUUUCAACAACUCACUGGCAUCAAUGUCAUCAUGUUUUAUGCCCCAGUUCUCUUUCAAAUUUUAGGCUUCGGUAAUGAUGCUUCUCUCAUGUCUGCAGUUAUCACUGGAGUUGUUAAUGUUGUUGCCACACUAGUUUCUAUCUUCACAGUAGACAAGUUUGGAAGAAGGGUGUUACUUCUUGAAGGUGGUGUCCAAAUGUUUAUUUGUCAGGUGAUCGUCGGAACCAUGAUCGGUCUAAGGUUUGGGCUAAAUGGUCAAGGAGGAUUUAGUAAAGUUGAAGCAGAUAUCUUGUUGUUCUUUAUCUGUGCAUAUGUUGCAGCAUUUGCAUGGUCAUGGGGACCAUUGGGAUGGUUGGUGCCAAGUGAAAUAUGUUCUCUAGAAAUUCGACCAGCCGGUCAAGCUAUCAAUGUUGCGAUCAACAUGUUAUUUACGUUUGCAAUUGCUCAAGUCUUUCUUACCAUGCUUUGUCACUUGAAGUUUGGCCUCUUCUUCUUCUUCGCGGGAUUUGUGGUUAUCAUGACCAUCUUCAUUGCAUUACUUUUGCCCGAAACCAAGAACGUUCCCAUAGAAGAAAUGAAUAUACUUUGGACUUCACAUUGGUUUUGGAAUAAAAUUGUUCCCAAUGAUAUAGAUUCUAAAUCUAAGGACAAUAAGUUUAACGAACCUCCGCGUCACCACCGUCAUCCGCCUCAUUCUCCUUCUCUUCUUCCUCCUCCUCCGCCUCCUCCUCCGCUUCCCUGCAAUACAACAUCACACCGAAUCAGAACCCCGUCCCAGCACAAAGCUCUCACAUUUCAUCUUCCCCAAACGUUCACACCCAAGAACAAAUCAGAAAUAGAGAAACAGAGAGUCGGAGUCUCGGACAGGAGUGGUCGUUGUCGCGGCGGCCGGAGGGCUGGUUUCCUUGGUGCUCGCGGACCCAGUGUCGGUGGCUGGCGUGGUGGCAGCGAAUGCGUGCCGGCGUCAAUCGUUGACGUAGUCCCAGGCGAGCAGGGCCGCGCAGCCGUGAGAGGGAUUAGGGUUUGCGUUGCGUUGUCCUCCGUGAAGACUGUAGCGGCGGCGGUUCCGAGGGUGACGGAGACUCUACGUUGCGUUGUUCUCCUCUUCGUAAACCAGUUCUUCCGUGAGGAGAGUGAGGAGAGUGUGCGCAGAGGGGAACAGUGA